AUGGCAGUGCCUCUGACACAGUGCUUGAGGAGGGAGUACACCCCUUGGUAUAGCAGGAGCAGUGUUGCAGGCAACUCUGUGAGAGGUGUUGUUAUAAGACAUGCAUUCUAUUCAUGGAAGUUGAGUGGAUCCCCAUCCACUCUACACCAUACACAACUAGUUAUCACUUCACAUAAGUAUACAUUAGUUUUCAGUCAGCAAAAGUUGCAAUCAAGUAGAUUGCAUCCAUCAUACAAACCAGCAGUCUGGAUAACAAUAGAACCAAAGGCAGUUGUCCACUGUGGUCCAGGGAUCACCUCAAGCACUCAGUUGACACACUGGACACUUGUGUCAGUGCUACCAAUUGUAUCACUCACACCAGACCUUGGUGUAGUUGCAAUACAUUCAUCAUUAUUGAUCAUGCCAAGCUACCUCUGGAUGGAGUGUCCACACCAGUUAGUCAAAACCUGCAAUAGCAAAACCACUACUACAUCUUCAGAUGAGAAAAGCAAUAGAGAAGCCUCUACUACAUAUCUCAACAAGAAUCAUAAUACACAAGACAUUACCACAUAUCUCGACAGGAUUCAUAAUAGAUGUGUUCCUGUCACAGAUAUCAGGUUUUAG